GCGCUCAAUGUCUGUGAUUCGCCGCCUAAAAUCACGUUAAUCACGUGGAGAGCAAAUCUGUAUGGAUCGUAUAUUCGCUUUUUGGGCUAUAUGAAGGCCCAUUAAAAACACUUGGUCACUGUUAAAAAAAAGUCAAAUACUAAAAAAAAAAAAACAGAUCUAGAGAGGUGAGCAAGUAAGAUAGAUCGAAGACGAUGAGGAGCUCUGCAUCAUCCGCCAUGAAAGCUGCUGGAGUUUUGGUUCUCCUUGCCGUCUUAACAUCAGUUUAUGCGAAGAAGUCAGGUGAUGUGACAGAGUUGCAGAUUGGUGUUAAGUUCAAGCCGAAGACAUGUGAUGUUCAGGCUCACAAAGGGGACAAGAUCAAGGUCCACUAUCGAGGAAAGUUAACAGAUGGAACUGUGUUUGAUUCAAGUUUUGAGAGAGGUGAUCCUAUUGAGUUUGAGCUUGGAAGUGGUCAAGUCAUUCCAGGAUGGGACCAGGGUCUGCUAGGAGCUUGUGUAGGUGAGAAGAGGAAGCUCAAAAUCCCGUCCAAGCUUGGUUAUGGUGACAACGGCUCACCACCGAAAAUCCCCGGUGGGGCGACAUUGAUAUUCGACACCGAGCUAGUUGCUGUGAACGGGAAACCAUCCGGCGAUGCAAAAACGAAGAAUGAGCUUUGAUUGCAUCCGUUUCCUACUUUUUUUCAUUUCAAAUGAAACCUGUUAAGUCGUGUUCAUUUGCAUUUGAAUCUCGAACAUGGUAGAGACUAGAGUCGUUUACUUUUUGGCUGGUUAAGGACAAUAAUUGCGUGUUUGGUCAUAACAUUAGUUAUGUUGGCACUUGGCAGUUGGAAAAUAACGUGGAAGCGCAGAAAGUCGGUCUAUAAAUCCAUUUUACUGUGUUAGUCCAAGA